AUGGAUCAGUUAAAAGCACUUUAUAAUGACUAUUGUAAAAGUUAUUUUGUUGAACCGAACGAAGCAAUCUUAGGCGAAAUUGAAAAAGUUUGUAAUGGAAAUAGCACAACAAAAACGUUUAAUCUGUCGUCAUUAAGUAUUCCUGAAGCACAAUUCACUGUCUUAGGAAAAUUUUUCUCACAAGAUUAUUUAUGUACAAGUAUACAUCUCAAUGAUUGUAAUUUAUCCAGUGAAGCUUUACGUGCAUUUCUUCAUGGAUUAGUGAAAAAUACGACCUGUCGAACAUUGGAAUUGAAGGGCAACAGUAUUCAUGGCGCUGGCACAGAAGCAUUAGCACAAGUCUUAAGGAAAAAUCAAACACUGCAAAAUUUACGACUUGAAUGGAAUCAACUUGGUUCAAUGGAUACUCCAGCAUUUGCUAGCUUCUGUGAUGCACUAGCAAACAAUAAAGCGCUAAUUGAACUGGAUCUACGAAAUAACGAUAUUAGUCAUGUGGGUGCAACGGAAUUAGCAACAGCGUUAAAACGAAAUGUCACACUGCGUGUGUUAGAUCUUCGUUGGAAUAAUAUUGGACCCGUUGGUAGUCGUGCUCUUUUGGCGUGCUGUCAAACCAAUUCAACUCUCAAUGAACUACAGUUAGCCGGAAAUAACGUCCCGGAUGAUAUUAUGCAAAAUAUCAAUGAUGCUUUGGGAAAAAAUACAGAAAAACGUCAAGUACAUUUUGGACAUUCACAAAAUAUGGCCGUUCUCGCUCGACAAUUGCAAAAUGUACACACAGAAAAAGAUCGUCAAGUUUCCAGUGUUUUAAAUCGUGCGUCUAUACAAGAACAAGCAAUGCUUAAAGCCAACAAAUCUCUAUCAAUGAAAAUCAAGAAGUUAGAAGAAGCAUUGGAUGAUCGAAAACUAGCAUUCAAUGCUAUAUCUGCAAAGAAUGCUCUAUUAGAAACAGAUUUAACUGUCGCGACACAACAGUUCAAUGAUGCGAAGAAUGAAAUUAAAAAACUGCAAAUUGAGAAAGAUCAUUUAAAACAACAACUCUUGAAAGAACAUCAAAAAGAAAAAGAUGAAUUGUUCAAUCAUCAAACAAAAUUGCAACGCGAAUUACAUGAUAGUUUGGAAGCUCAACGACGUUUAAGCGAGAAAGUUCAUGAUUUGGAAAGAAAGAACGAAAAUCUCCAAACGAUUAUUUAUGAACUUCGAGAAACUAUAACAACUACUGAUCGUGAUCAUCAUUUGAAACUGUCUGCAUUGGAUAAUGAAACUCAGCGUUUGAAGUUAAAACAUAAAGAAGAUCUAAAAGAUCAGGAGUCAACGAGUUUGCGAGAAAUCCAACGUCUAAAAGAGUCUUUUACCGCUACGGAACAAAAUCUCAAAGAACAAAUCACUAAAUUGGAAAAUAUUCGGACAACGCUCGAACGAGAAGUCAAUUCGUUGAAAUCAACGAUUACAACUCAGAAACUAAACCAUGACGAAAGUCUUCAACAAGAAAAACUUCGAAUGAAGAACGAAGAAGAGAAAAAGCAGCAUGAAUUGGAAGAUCGUUUACGAUCAUUAACGAUAGCAAAAGAAGAUCUCGAAUCGCGUUACAAUCAACAACUGAUAGCUAAUCGAGAAUUUCAACAAAAAAUCAACUAUCAAUCGGUCGAAAUCGAAACAUUCAAACGACAAAUAGAAGCCGUACAAACAUCGAACCUGAGUAAAGACACAGAAAUUUUGGAGAAUCGAGAAAAGGCAAGGACAGAAUAUGAGAAAAGAUUACGUGUGAUUCAAAAAGAUAUCGAACGAAACGAAGAAUUGAAAGAUCAAGUAAAACAACUCGAAAAUGAUUUAAAAGAUCAACGUUAUAACGACCGAAAUACAAUUCGUGAUUUAGAAACACGUUUAGCUGAUUUACAAACAAAACUGAACCAACGCGAACAAGAAAUUAGUCAAUUGAAACAUCACGAAGAAAAACGUUUGCAUUUUCUCCGUACAGCCAUGCUAGACUACAUCGGUCGAGAAACAAAAACCAACUAG